AUGACUGUCGCUUAUUCACUAGACAUUGCAACUUCUUCAUUGUACACACAGGCCAAAGUUCUUAUCAGAUGGAAGGGCUCCGUUUGGAAAUCGAUUUGGCUCGAGCUCCUUAUAUGGCUCAUCAUGUACGCCGUUCUCAGCGUCAUUUAUCGAGUGCUUCUCAACAAACAACAAAGAGAGACGUUCGAGGAUCUUUGCAUGUUCUUCGACACGUUCUCGGUUUUUAUUCCGGUCACGUUCAUGCUCGGAUUCUACGUUUCCAUCGUCUACAAUCGAUGGACGAAGGUGUUCGACAACGUCGGCUGGAUCGACACCUCAGCGCUAACGAUUGCCCAAUACAUUCGAGGCGAUUCGGAAAGAGCGCGACUGAUUCGACGCAAUUGCGUUCGCUAUAUGAUUGUCGCGCAGGCGUUGGUUUUUCGCGACGUCUCGCCGGCGAUUCGACGGCGAUUUCCAACGAUUCGCCAUCUUGUUGGCGCUGGACUAAUGAAUGAGGAGGAAUUCCGCGAGUUCGAGGCGAUUGUCUCACCUCAAUCGAAAUAUUGGCAACCGAUUCAAUGGCUGUUCGAGUUGGUGACAACCGCCAAAAACGAGGUCUACGCGCAAGUCGUCAACCUCGCCGUUCGCACCUAUUUCAUUUUGGCGUUGUUCGGACGCCAGUAUCUCAACGUGCAGCGCGACAUCCCAUCGAAACACAAAAUCGACCUCUAUUUUCCGAUAAUGACGUCGCUUCAAAUCAUUUUCAUCAUCGGAUGGCUGAAAGUCUCCGAGGUGAUGCUGAAUCCGUUGGGCGAGGACGACGAGGACUUCGAGACGCAUUGGAUCAUCGAGCGCAAUCUCCAGGUGGGCUACGCUGUUGUAGAUCAAGCUUAUGGGCGAAUGCCGCCGAUCAAACGCGAUCCGUUCUGGGAGGAUGAGCAGCCGGCGACGAUGGAUUCGCCGGCGCAGGCGAUUCGAGACACCUCUCAUAUGCGAGGAAGCUGUAUUGCCAUGGACCAGGAUUAUAAUGGAUUGUUCUCGACGCUUCGGCGACGCUCGCGCGGCGACAGCGAAUCGUCGGCGGUCACCGACACCACCGGAACGAAGAGUCGCUACCUUCCACACGGUGAAUCGAAAGGCUUCAUCCGAGAUCAGAGUCGUCGGAUAUCGAACGCGAUCGCGAAAAUGUAUCCGGAGAAGCGCGACCGCGAGCGGCGGCAGAGCGUGUGCGUCGCCGCGCUGGAUCUGAAUCAUCGAACGUCGCAAACCGAUCUGAGCCAUGCCGACAACGACGAGGCGCUGCCGCGAGAUGUGGAGGCGAUGGUCCGCGAAAGGAUAAGGAGCGUCGAGAGCAAAUAUUCGGAUAGUGUGCAAAUCGAAAUGACGGAUGAAUGCGCUCCGAGGGAAUCGGAGGCGGCGAAGGAGAACGACGAGAAAGAUUCGGCAUCAAGAGAGAAUGUGAAAUGGUUCGUUGAAGAGAUGCCCGUAAUUCACGAGGAAGAAACGUACCAUUUCCAGCGGAGGCACACAAAUUCAAAUUAG